UCUAUGAUUUUGACGUUUGGUUAUUGAGUCGUCAAAGAAUUAUAAGAUUUAAAAAUAGAGUUAAAGUAAAUAAUGGCUUUUUCGAUUUUAAAUUCAGAUGCCCAGCGAGUGUCUGAAAGUAUAAAGUAUAAAAGUAAUGACGAGCUCAAUGAGAUUAUGAAUAAUGAAGCUAAAUUGGAAGAAAUUAUAGGGGAAUUAGACCAGUCGUAUUUAAAGAAAUUAGAAAACGAAAAAGAUAAUUUAAUCGCGGAAAACAAUUCUAUGGCCGAGUUCAAUUUAUCUAGAGAACCACAAUUAGUUGAGGGCCGAGAAAAAUUGAGGUCCUUAUACGAUGAAAUCGAAAGGUUAAACAAAGUAAUUGAGGAGAAGCUUAAGGAACUAAGAAGCAAGGGAGGUGAUAUCUCUAUAGAAACCGCACUAGCCCUGCUCCAAACGGCUGCUAGCGAAAUGGAAGAAGAGUCGGAACAGAGCGCUAAAAAAUUUCUAGCCAAUGAACUGGACUUGGAUCCGUUUUUGGACGAGUUUAUAACUAAACGAAAACUGAUGCACUUGCGUCUCGUAAAGGCCGAUAAGCUUUCGAAGAUUUUGCAAAGGGGUGAUCCAUCUUUAAACAAUGUUUCCAAUUACAUAAACGCGCCGCCUGUCAGUAUAAAUUCCGGAUAUUUCCCGGGUGUUCCUACCUCGCCACCUGCUGCAGUUCCUUAUCCUACUGGUCCCCUUAAUAUGCCUAUGCCACCGGGAAUGAACUAUUUUCAAAAUCAUUUUUAACUCCUUAUUUUUCUUUACGAUUCGUUAUAUUGUUAUUAAGAAUUUAUAUCAUUGAACUUUAUAUUUAUAUACAAAUAUAAUGUGUGAAAAUCA